AUGAAUACUCCAUACCCUAAGCGACCUUGCUAUGAUGUUACAUCCUCCAUCCAAAACCCUAAUUCCCAAUCUGUUGCUCCUGAUUUCAACCAAAGCAACUUCGACUCGACUAUCUCCUCCUUACUCUUGUUGCCUGACUCGCCUUCGACCUCCAUUGGCUGCUCCUUUGAUCAAGCCCUUGGUCGAGUUAUCUCCUCUGCUUCCUGUGACGACUCCGUUCAGGAUCGUCUCAUUGAUCAUACUCGCAAACUUACCUCUCUUCUUCAUGAAUCAAUCAAUCGCUUUUCCCGGAAGCGAGCCACCCUCUACAAUUCCAAAUCGUGGCCCCUCCCUUAUGAACUCACCAUUAAGGUCUUUUCCAUGCUUGAUACCAAGGCUCUGGUGCAAGCUGCAGGAUGCUGCAGCAUGUUCGGCAAUUACUCUAUGGAUCCUUUAUGUUACUCUCACAUUGAUUUGAGCAUGGAUAUCAAAAGCUUUAAGGAUGAAAUUGUGUUUACCAUGAUCCGUCGUGCUGGAAAAGAACUCAGAUCACUUAAACUCGGUAGUGUCGCUAGUCAAGUUAUACCUCGCCUUACAAGAUUAGUAUUGCCUGGGGAUCUCUUGAGAAGCUUACAAUUUUACUGUCUCGAUGGCAUGUACAUUAUGUUCAUAUGCAAUCUGUUGUCAGCCUGUCCGAAUCUCACUGAUCUCAAGAUUGUUGAUUCAUCCUCUAAACUUGGUGAUCUCUCUAGUCAACUCUCUAGUCAACUCUCUAGUCAACAUAUACCUUUGUUUACAAGAUCUUGUUUGCCUAGGCUGAGAAGGUUACACUUUUACCGUCUCGAUUGCACGUACACCAAGCUUCUAGAAAUUGUGAUGUCAGUCUGUCCAAAUCUCACUGAACUGAAGAUGGUCAAUAUUGACAAGAAACCCAUGCUACAACAGUUAUCAAAGUCGCCCAAUGUAAACCAUGAUAAGGUGAUGAGGUUGUACCUGUCGAAACUGGCUGUAAUAGGCGUAUCGUCAUUUAAAGCAUUAGUUACCGCUUGUCCCAACUUAACUUCGCUAACGCUCCUAGGUUUUAAUCUAAUGGAAGAAGCAGCCAGAGAUCUUGCUCUGGGUUUUCCUAAACUUAACUACAUGAAUCUGUCUGGAACGCCUGGAAUCAGCGGUCAGUUUUUGAGCGACCUGGGAAAUAGCGGCAGAGAAAAUAGGCCACUCAAGACUCUGAUACUGCGCAAUUGCCCUUCUCUAAAAAACGAAUACAUUAUGCAGCUUUUGAUUUCACUUAUAACCGGUGACUUCAGAUUCCUUCGGCACAUUGACGUAUCGGGUAAAGGCAGCAGAACUUCCAUACCAAAGUAA